AUGUCUUUAUCAAAAGUACCAGUUCAUAAAUGUUUAGAAAAACUUCAAUGGCUUUUAGGUGUCUGGCGUUCUGAAUCAGCCAUAAUUCAACUUGAAGGGAAAUCUUUUUCUUAUUUAACUGAAUUAAAAUGUGAACAUGUUGGUCAACCAAAUUUUAUUCUUCAUACUAAUGCAUUUAAUGUUCAACCAUUACCAGCUGAUGUAUUAUCAUCAUGGACAAAUGCAACUGAAUUAAAACCAUUUCAUCGUGAAAUGGGUUUUUUACGUGUUCAUCCAAAAGAUGAAACAAUUACAAAGAUAUCAUAUUUAAAUGUACAAAAUGUUGGUUUAGCUGAAAUUGAAGAAGGAACAAUUAAUGGAAAAAGUUUUGUUGUUGAAACAAAAUCUAUUGAACGUUCAUGUUUUAAUAAUGAUCCAAGUGCUCGUUUACUUCGUCGAGAAUAUUCAUUAGAUGAAAAUGAUUCAAAUAUACUUCAUGUAAAAGUUUUUAUGAGUACAAGUCGUAUGAAUGAAAAUGAAAAACCAUACGAACAUUUAACAAUUCGAUAUCGAAAAAUAUCAAACGAAUAA